AUGAUGAAACCUCUCAUAAUAACGGUGUUCAUUUCAUGCCUGAUUCAGGUUUCUACCCAGACGUCCUAUUCAUACACGGAAGGACCACAGCCGACACCACCAGAAUUACCACCAUAUAGGAUUAACCCAUAUGAUGAGGUGACCGAUCCCAACAAACUUCCCUGUGCCAAUUCCAAAGAAUGUCCUGCUGGAUACAGUUGUAGGGACAGUAACGGCAACAUUAAAUACAAUCAAGAAGGUCCGUGGGGAUAUAUCAAACCCAAUGGUCCACCAGGAAACUGUGGGAGCGCUGCAAAACCAGGAGAAGUUUGUGUGAAUAACAAUGAUUGUCCCAAAGGGUAUGAUUGUUACAAGGAAGUGACCGGGGUAUGUUGUUCACCAAGUUAUUGUGUUACAACAGAAUAUGCCCAGUAUCGUUCAGCGUAUUGGAGCAAUUGCUCCCCUCCACAUUGUUAUUUCCCUGCAAAAUAA